UGAAGCAUGUUCAGGUGUGCAUUCCAUAGCAGGUAGGGGCAGUGUAGAACCUAUUCGCUGGCUGCCCAAAGCCAGGAAAAAUGUCAAAGACGAAGACGAGAAUCCCGGUGGAUGUACCAUCAUGCAGCGCGCUGGGUUCUUCCAGAGAACAGAGAUGGCGGCCGGUUAGAGCUACACGUAAACACAGCAUUUCCAUUAAGCCGGACUCCCCGAAACGCUGAGGGGCAGCCAGCCUCACGCACCGCCGCGGUGACACCGCAGCAGUCACACGGGAGGUCCCCGGCGGACUCUUCGUGCAACCCGAGCAAAUUUACAAACCCUACUUCCAAACAAAAACAUUAAAACAUGGACGAACACCCUGGAGGAGGUGCAGGAGGAGGAGCGGCCGCCCCGCGACAGCCACCUUCACCGCAGCAGCACCAGCAGGGCAGCAGCAGCAGCGGCGGUCCCCCUAUCGGAGCAGUCAUGGUCCCGCAGCAGAACGAAGACUUGCCCCGGCCACAUCAGCAAUACACUAUUCCCGGGAUCCUGCACUACAUCCAACACGAGUGGGCCCGGUUCGAGAUCGAGAGGGCACACUGGGAAGUGGAGAGGGCCGAACUCCAGGCCAGGAUAGCGUUCCUGCAGGGGGAGAGGAAGGGCCAGGAGAACCUGAAGAACGACCUGGUUAGGAGAAUCAAAAUGUUAGAAUACGCUUUAAAGCAGGAAAGAGCAAAAUACCACAAGUUAAAAUAUGGAACAGAGUUAAACCAAGGAGACAUGAAGAUGCCAAUCUUUGAGUCAGACACCAAAGAGUCGGAGGUCUCUGCUGUCCCUGCCAACAGUCAGCUAAUGUGGAAACAAGGCCGGCAGCUCCUCAGACAGUACCUUCAGGAAGUGGGAUACACAGACACCAUCUUGGAUGUUCGCACUCAGAGGGUUCGCUCUCUGCUCGGCCUGUCGGGUUCUGAGCAGAACGGAUCGAUGGAGAAUAAGAACCUGCAGCACCUGAUCAAUGGAACGGAGCGCUGCACAGAAACCAAGAGGAUUCCAAAUGACAAUCUGGAGACGUUCAACUUCCUAGAAAAUGCAGAGGACAGUGAUGAGGAGGAGGACGAGGAAGGAGACCUGAUGGAUGACAUCAGCUCCGACAAACAACACAGACCUAAAAAACACAAGCCUAACAUAGGAAACGAGGGCCUGGCAUCAGAGGACGACGCAGACACAGAGGAAGCCCUGAAGGAGUUUGACUUCUUGGUGACAGCAGAGGAUGGAGAGGGAGCUGGAGAAGCUCGCAGCUCUGGAGACGGGACGGAGUGGGCGGAACCGCUACCAUUUCCCUCCGGUGGGGGGAAGUCCUUCCUGCUGGGGGGGCCGGACGACGUGCUGGAAAGCGUGUUGGGUUUGGGGGACCUGGCAGACCUCACCGUCACUAACGACGAGACGGACUUUGGCUACGAUCUCUCGUCCAGUAAAGAGUCUGCGUUCAGGAAGACGUGGAACCCUAAGUACACGUUGCGGAGCCACUUCGAUGGCGUCCGGGCGCUGGCGUUCCACCCCGUGGAGCCCUGCCUGGUCACCGUGUCUGAAGACCACACCCUGAAGCUGUGGAACCUCACCAAGACCGUCCCAGCCAAAAAAAGUGCCUCUUUUGAUGUGGAGCCCAUCUACACAUUCAGGGGUCACAUCGGCCCGGUUCUGUCCUUGGCGAUGACCUCCAGCGGUGAGCAGUGUUUCAGUGGAGGCAUCGACUCCACCAUCCAGUGGUGGAACAUCCCCAGCUCUAACGUCGACCCCUAUGACACCUACGAUUGCAGCGUCCUGGCGGGGUCGCUGCUGGGUCACGCUGACGGCGUGUGGGGAUUGGCUUACAGCGGCAUCAAGAACCGCCUCCUGUCCUGCUCUGCUGAUGGAACCGUCAAGCUGUGGAAUCCCGUGGAGAAAGACCCCUGCAUCAGCACUUUCAACACAAACAAUGAGCAUGGAAUCCCCACCGCCGUAGACUUUAACGGUUGUGACCCCGCCCACAUGGUGGCGUCCUUUAACAACGGAGACGUGGCGAUAUACGACCUGGAAACAUCCCAGACUGCACUGGUGCUGAAGGGUCAAGGAGACAGCACCGUCCCGGGUUUGAAUCACAUCAAUAAAGUGGUGAGUCACCCCACGCUGCCCGUCACCAUCACGGCUCAUGAGGAUCGCCACAUCAAGUUCUUCGAUAACAAGUCAGGUAAAAUGAUCCACGCCAUGGUGGCCCAUCUGGACGCAGUGACCAGCCUGGCCGUGGAUCCUAACGGGAUCUACUUGAUCUCUGGCAGUCACGACUGCUCCCUGCGGCUCUGGAACCUGGACAGUAAAACGUGCGUGCAGGAGAUCACGGCUCACCGUAAGAAGAGCGAAGAGGCCAUCUACGACGUGACCUUUCACCCAUCCAAAGCCUACAUCGCCUCGGCCGGAGCCGACGCCCUGGCCAGGGUCUACGUAUAGAGGAGAGGAGCAGCGCCGCGCCGUGGGCUCCUAGUCAGACGGAGCCAGGAUUCAGGUCUGUUCACAUCCAUCUGAAGGCGGCAGCAGACUGAGACGCCCACACACACGCAGCCGCCCCGUGCCACCGCCGCCUUUGCCCACUGAAUGGAGCACGUCUGAUCUGGCUGAUCAGCUCCCUCUCUACGGUGGUGUCCAGCAGGCUAACCACGGCCAGCCUGGCCUCCUCGUCAUAUUCAACUCUAGUGCAAUCUCCACAUGUAGACGUAGGAACGUUAAAGGAAAAAUCCCCCCAAAUGCAGCUGAUGGGUGGAGCUGCUCCUUUCUGCUCACAGAUUCCGUCCAUCCCAUGAACUCUUUGGCUCAGUCUCCAUCACUGUUACUUCCUUAUUUGUGCCAUGGUCAAACAUUGCAUUAUGGGAUAUUUAGUUUUAAAACAUCCACUCACAGUAAGGCAGUCGGUAAAUUAGUUUAAAUGUCUAACAGUGAUCUGUGUUUUCAUCGUCUCAAUGGUUCUCAAGUUCAAAGGAUGAAUUCUUUACAUUUUACUGUUACAAGUGUAAGUGGCUGCAGCAAGACAUCUGCAGUCAAAACGACCUUUUUGGUCCUUUCAGUUUUCCGUAGUGACAAAGUUUCACUUGGAAGAAUCAAGUCUGAAAUGAUUAACUUUAUUAUUGCUUUCAUAUUAUUCUGAGUGAAGGAUAAAGUUCUCACUGCCUUUCAGACUCAUUCAGCCUCAGGAGGUUUUACAGUGAGGCUUAGUGAACGUCUGCUGGGUUUAAGGUCAGCUACGUUUACUGAAGAAUCCAUCUUCAGAUAAAGUCAAGGCUCAUCAAGCUGUCUUCUUAGAGAAUAGAGAAAUGAUGAGGAAACGUGUCUGAUCAGACCAACACCAGGGACAGAUCUGGUUUAGUGAUGCAGCAAGAUUUAAACUGUUACUUCUGGUUUUACCAGUUCUUCACAACUUGGUAUGUAGAAACUCAGUGUUUCGUCUUAAACAGUUCUGUCCUCUAACAGAACCUUCUGCUGAUUUUUCAUUCAGCCUGAAGAACCAAAGACUCUGACAGCAGGGAUCAUGAAGGGAGACGGAUCUGAAGUUUUGAAAUGGGCUUCUGUGGAGAGUAGGGACCAAUAAUAUAUUUACCAAUAUUUUUAUAUAUAUUUCCUACGUGUUUCAAUCCCAUGUAAAAGCAACUACAAGGUCUCUGUGGCACUGCUCUAACUAAACUCCCCACAGUCCUGCACUACUUCACUGUCACAUGACUGAAAGAGGCCGACAGCGUUCUCCUGAAACACAAACAGCAACUAGACAGCAGGAAACAUCAGUUAUUAAUCAGCCCAGUUUUAUCGGACAGAUACCAAUAUGAUAAAAAGUGGCUAACAUCGGCUGAUAUUGAUACCAAUAUAUUGUGCAUCCCUAGUGGAGAGUUCCUAAUCAGUAACCAUUCUACCAGUCCAUCUGACUGGUUGGGUCUUUACAUAACUGUGCUCACAUGAUCUAACCAGUGGUUAGCCAGAAAUAUAAUUCUGGUUUUAAUCAAAGUGAAAUGUUAUUCCCAAUCAAACUGUGUGAAAGCUUCACAAUUUUAAGACACACUGCUGCAGAAUUCAGUCAGCUAGCACUGAAAUGCUGCAGCAGUGACUCAGUAAUAAGAAUAUCAUGCAACACUGAACAGUUUCUGAUUAAGCUAAUCAGCUGACACAUUUUUGACCAAAAUCAUUUACCUUCAGCCCCUAGUGGGGCUGUUUUUAAAAAAACAAAGAACAAGUUGGCGGCUUCACAAGGAAA